AUGCCGAAGCAAUGGGGAUUUUUCAGGACAUUCCUCGUCCUCGCACCCCUGUUCGUGGGCUUUCCAGCCGUAUCGUUGUGGAAGCAUUAUGAGCUUCCUGUACCGGUAGUUGACCUGCAUGACAACUUAACCGGCAAACCUCAGAUCUCUGAACGCGUCAUUCUUGAGCAUGCAAGGGUAUUGUCGGAGGACAUCGGAUUUAGGACAGUUGGGACUCGAGAACACGCUUUGGGAGACUCUUGGGCGUUGGCGAGGGCGACCGAACUCAAGGAACUUUGCGAAAGGAUUGUUAGAGUAGACUCCACGCGGAGGCUCGAAUGCGAGGUCGACAGGCAGAUUGGAAGUGGAAGCCAUAGGUUCGAUAUUUUGUCAGCACGACUGUACAAGACAUACGUGAACCUCACGAACAUCGUCCUUCGGAUUUCGGAUGGUACUGAGAAAGGGAAGGAGCACGCUGUUCUGGUCAACGCGCAUCUCGAUUCGACACUUCCUAGCCCUGGCGCUGCAGACGAUAGUCUUGCCGUAGGUGUCAUGCUAGAAACUGCACGAGUUCUAAUCGAAACAUCACACUGGUCACCUAGUCACUCUAUCAUUAUGCUAUUCAACAAUGCGGAAGAAUCCCUCCAGGACGGCUCGCAUCUUUUCGCAACAUCACAUCCAUGGCGCGAAAGCGUACGUGCAGUUCUCAAUCUCGAAGCAGCGGGAACACACGGCCGAACUCUUCUGUUUCAAGCCACGAGCAGCGCAAUGGUCGACGUGUAUGCACAGGUUCCCAGACCCUUCGGUACCAUCGUCGCGAACGACGUGUUUAGCUCGGGUGUCAUUAUGAGCGAUACGGAUUUCCGACAGUUUGAGCUAUAUAUGAACAUUACUGGAUUGGAUAUGGCCGUUGUCGGGCACUCGUAUUUCUAUCAUACGCGAAAGGAUCUCGUCCGCUACAUUCAGCCGGGUGUCGCACAACACAUGGCCGAUAACACACUUGCUUUACUUGGAUUCUUGUCCUCUCCGGAGUCGCCUCUCCCAACUCUCACAAAUGGUUAUACGAAGCCGACCACAGCAUUCUUCUCGUUUCUCAAUAUGCACUUUAUCCGAUACAGCUUUGCGACCGCAAACGCACUACACUUCGUCCUGUUGGCAGCCAGUAUCGCACUCAUCGCACUGUCCAGGCCUUCUGUGUCUAUGAUUGUCGUGAGGCAAGAGAAGCGCGAGACUCAUAUCCAGAACAACCGCGUAGAAUCGAUGUCGGAAGUAUCAGAAGCCAUAUCCACUGAACAGGGUAUCUGGCCCGAUAUCGCCAAGGGAGUCAUGCUGCUCAUUUUGGCAUUCUUGGCUGCACUCAUUAGCGUACAUGUCGUAGCAUUACUCAUGGUGAACGUCCUCGAUAGACCACUCAGCUGGUUCCGCGUUGAAAGUAGCUGCCUAUUCCUCUACGGACCUCCAGCACUUGCGGGUGCACUCUCGGUCCUAUCCUUUUUAUCUCCGACUCUACGCGUCUCGGAACGUGUGCUCAUGCAAUCUGUUCUCCUCGCGUACGCUUUCCUUGCGGUUGUGAUUCAACUCGCCGGCAUUGGCUCCGCCAUCUUGUUCUUCUCCGCUGGUUGUUCCAUAUUUGCGGGUCUCUUGCUCGAUCUAUGGUGCGGAGAAAAAAGCAGAGUGGUUCUUGGUUCCUAUGCGCUUGGGCAAGUCGUCCCGCUCGUGUUCGGUUCCGAGAUGUUUUGCAUCGUUGCCGAUAUCUUCGUGCCUCUCACUGGACGUAUGGGCGGAACUGCUCCUGCAGAACACAUUAUCGCAACAAUCGUCGUGCUCACGUCUUCCUACCUCCUCCCACUCAUCCUGCCUUUCUUCCAACGUUUCGGUGCACGAUUCGUUAGAAGAACUCUACUUUUCCUUACUCUGAUGACGGGCGCGAUGAUGGUUGUAUUCGCGUUCCGAAGUCCAUUCGAUUCGAUGCAUCCCAAGCGGGUGUAUAUAAUUCACUCUGAAAACAUUACCACGAACGAAGUCUCGCUAGGUAUCGGUACAUCAGACUCAGCACCAGGAUUUGAAUCGCUUGUACAAGACAUCUCAUCAUUCGUCACCAAGAAUACGACGCGCGCCGAGAGAGUCGACAUGCACCAGUAUAACGGUGAUUGGGACGUUCUAUACCCAUUCUCAGGUUUCCUUUCACCGUACGAGGUCGCACUCGACUCGUACGUAUCAAGUUAUGCAGAUGGCCGAUUUAGUGUAAAAGCUGUCAACGACAUCGUUAACAAGGAGGCUGGGACACGUAGUCUUACACUCGUCGUUUCUCAUCCUGGAAUAAUAUGGACGACCAUCGCAUUCGACGCACACGUCCUUUCGUGGAGUCUCGACGACUCCCCGCCCACAGAGCACGCCCGACAUUUCGUCAAAGAAGCAUCCUUCUACGGCGAAGACACUUGGUCACUCGACCUUGUCAUCAACUUACACGACCCAGAGUCGCAACAGAAACCAGGUGCUCUUCAGGUCAACUUUGUUGGUGUAAAGGAAACGGCUAUGUGGCCUGGGAAAGCAAAGGAGAAAGAACAGGGAGGUCCAGCUAUGCAAGUAUUUGAGGAGUUGGAUGCUUGGUUAGAGAAGCAUACUGGUGAUUCGGUUGACGUAACCCUGUUGGGAUGUGUUGGUGGUGUCGCUAUCGUAUAG